AUGAUUAACAAUCGCACUCCUCCCGAUUCGGUAACCUUAUGUUUUGAGAAGUCCAAAUGGUCCUCCCGCAUGACCAAAGAGCUCUGGAGAAGAAGAUGGAACGGUACUCCACAACCAGCGAAGAAAAUCUUCAACCAGAUCAUGAAAUAUAAUUUGGUCUGGAGAGAUGAUUAUCAUAUUGAUCGAUAUAGUCGCAUCGACAAGGUCACUGAAACUGAAAAGCAAUACUUAAAAGAAGUUUACGGCGAAGAAGAACUUCAGAAGAUACUCGAGUAA